AUGCUGCCAGUUUUAAGAAGAACCAUUCAAAGUUGCAAUGUUAUUCAAAAUAAACCUACAAGAUGUCAAUUAUCAACACUAUGGCACCCCAUAGCAAUAUCUCCAAUAAAUCAAAUCCCAGUUCGCUACAAAAGCAAAGGUGGUAAGAAAAAAACCCAAUCUUCAACAGAUACAGAAACCGAAUCAGAAGAUAAGGAUAUUUUAGACGAAAUAACAGAUAAGAACAUGCGGACAUUGAAAAUAAACGUAAAUUCUCUACGAGUUGACGGCAUAUUAAAAAGUGGUUUGGGGAUUUCAAGAAAUAAAAUAGAAACAAUGUUUUACGAAAGCAAAAUCAGGUUAAACGGUGAAAAGUUAUUAAAGAAGAGUGUGAAUAUUAAGGACGGUGAUGAAAUUGAUGUUAUUAAGGGAGUUAAUAUGAACAAUCCAAAAUAUUUAAAUGUUGCUCGAAUUGAAGUUUUAGGGGCUGCGGAAAAGGGGGAGAAUAUAAGUGUCAAAAUAAGAAGAAAUAAAUCAUUGUUAAUAGAAAAUUAUAAUGAUAAAUGGGUGCCCUAA